CAGUGUCGCCCGCGCACAGCCAGCCAAAGCAGCCCGCAAGACUCCCCGAUCCCUCUUUUCUCGAAACCACAAACAGCAUCAAUAUGUCAGCGGUUGGCAGCCUUGUGUCACAGGCCCCGCUCAAGGCGCGCUUCAUCAACGUGCUUAUUCAUCCAGUGCUUCUGCGCGCUUUUCUCGAGUUUUGCGCUCUGCCGUCGGAGCUGGCGCUCGAGUCGCUGCUGUUUGUCUUAGAUGUCGAACGGUUCCGCCAUGUGCAGCCGAGCAUGGCGCGCCUGCUGGCCAACUACAUAUACCUGAGCUACAUUGCGCCGUACGCGCCGCUGAGAAUCAAUGUCAGUCGCCAGAUGCGCGAUCGUAUUCCAUGGCCAUUCCUGCCCGGCUGGGAAUACAGCCCCUGGGUGUUCGACGAGAUGCUGGCAAGCAUAGGCUUCACCUUAAAAAAGCACACGCUGCUGCGCUUUGAACGGUCACCCGUCGGGCUUUUUGCCCUGAUGGGCCAGGAGGGCAGCGGGUUCAGUCCCGAGGAAUACGUCAGGCCAUUGCGGUUAGAUCUUGACUACGACCCGAUGAUGGCCAUUGUUGCCCAAUUCGAGCCAGAUAUUGACGUUGUGGUUUGGGUCAACGACCUGGACAUUGAUCACUCGAGCUCGCACGUAGUGACAAGCCUGGCACAGCUCACCGUUGGGUUCCGCGAGCAGCUGCUCAUGCGCGUGGCAGCGCAGUUUGUCAACGAGCACCUGGCCUACAGUCUUUGCGAUAGCUACUUCCAGCUGGCUACACGCAUCAGGCCGUUGCAGAAGCAGCGGCGCAUCAAAAAGACACGCAAGAUCCGCAACUUUUUUGGAGACCACCCACACGAGGCCCUGCUGCGCCAGCAGCUCAUGGCCAUUGUGCCGCCAAGCUCGCAGAGACAGGCUGCUCGCGCGGCGGCCGAGAUGGUUGCACGCAAGCGAUGCAGCGAGGAGGCACACCGGCGUCGAGCCAAAAAGCCGCUCAACCACAAAUCGAGCAUCUCAUCGAGUGUGCUCGCUGAGCAGAAAAUCCUCGCCAUGGACAGCGACAGCGACAUUGAGAAGGAGCACAUGCACGGGUGGGCACAGCUGGCUAUGCAGAAGCCACGAUCGUCGUGGUCCUCAUUGCGCAAGCUGGCUGCGCAAAGGGAACGCUCUUGGAGCGACAGCGACGACGACCGCAGCGAUGGAGAAUGGCCCCAUCACGGCUCAGCCAAGCGCCGCCGCUGCCGCCACCAAAACUCGAUUGGCGCGUUGUCAGCAAGUGCUUGCGACAAGGCUUAUUACAACGACCAGACACUCAGGCGCGCGCUGUCAAUGAUAGGUGCCUCAAAGCUGGAGUCGCUGACAGCGACAGCUCUGAUAAUGGCAAUGGCAGCUUGCGCGAGUGCGCGUUUGACUCGUUGGCAUCGUCGUUCUCAAGCGCCGGCCUUUGUGGCCGCCUUGAUGGUAGCAGCCUGGGAUUUGGCCACGUGCAUUCAAGCGAAAUCAGCAUUGAGUCUAUAUUCAGCGACAGCAGCCAAAGUGUGCCCGCAUCAAUCGGCCAAUCUUCCGGCGGAAUGGCUGCUGCUAGUGCCACGAGCCCCAGCCAGGUCACAUCUGCAAUUUACGAGCGCAAAAGACGCGUCGACAAGCUCCUCCAGUUCUUUGGAGGCUCAGACCCCACCGGAGUACUCACAAGACGCCAGGCAAUGUCCAACAGCUUUAGUAGCACGGCGCGCUCGUUGUCAGCCGGCUUUGAUCCAGCGCCUACGCUUGUCAGGGCUGCAGAUGUUGGUGCGGGCAAUGUUGCUGGCGUUGUUGUUGCCACUGCCGCCCUGACGGCCAAGCAGCGCAAUCUUCUAAUCCGCAGGCGCCGAAAGCUCAGGGCCAUACUUGGCGAGGACAGCCUGGCCGGGCACUCCCAGCUGUCGAUGCCGGUUUCCAACAGCCAUUGCACAAGUGCGCGCUUGGAUUUGGAGCGCAAUUCCAGUUUAGAGCUGCACACGAGCGCCGCGCUGAUCACGCCCGACGAUACAAUGAUUUCGUCAUCACCAGUGUCUUCCUUGAAAGGU